AUGUCUCGCGCAUUUUCUACCGCAGCCCGGGCAUUGAAGUCCCUCUCCUGGAGUAAUAAGGGAACAACCCAGGAUGUCUCGUGGGUCAAGAGUUAUGCCGAAAAUGCCGUGGACCUCGUACCACAGCUACUUGACAAGGUGGAUUCAGGAACUGUGCAGGGCGACCCUCAUCCCACUCCGCGGAACAAUGACCCUCUUCACGCGUCUAUAACUUUGGCGAGGGGAGAUUCCCGCGUUACAUCUGCGCAUGUGUACCCCGACGGGACGGUGGUUUUUUCGAAGGCUAUGUACGGCCGGGUCAAAGUUUCGCGCGUUCCUGAGGCCCCCGAAGGCUCCGGCCCUGUUCAAUAA